AUGGAUUAGGUUUUUAAUCAUUUAAUAAAAAGAGCAACUCCCUAACCCAUUGUUAAAGUUGGAACUCCUUGGUAAUGCAUUCCUAUUAAAAAUGAUAAACAAGCAAGAGAUACAACAGAGGUUCAUAUGGCUAAUCAAGGAUUUAAUGAAUUGGCAUAAUUUGAUAAGUUCAUGAAUCUUGAAGUUGUUUGGCUUAAUGAGAAUUAAGUAAGAGAUCACCCUUAUUUGAUUUUAGUUAACCAGUGUUAAAGGCAUUGAAUAAAACUUCAGAAUUAAACAUCUUUAUUUGCAAAAGAACAAAAUUAGCACCCUUGAGGGUCUAUAAAAUCUGAAGCAUUUAGAAACAUUGAGUUUGUUCAACAAUGAGUUAAGAGAUUUGGAAAAAAAUCUUUUGAUUUUAAAAGAAUUUCCAGGACUUACAACUUUGGGUUUUAAAUUUUUCUUAUAUCGUCUUAGAUUUAUUUAAUAAUCCAGUUGCGGAAGAACCUUAUUACAGAAAUAGAGUCAUUUCAGCUCUCCCUUAACUACAGUUAUUAGAUCGAUCAAUAAUAACUGUCUAGGAAAAGAUUAAGGUUGAAGCAUGGUACAAGGAUUUCAAAGCAGAAGUUAAAAUUAAGAAGAAAGGGUAGAAGAAACAAAAGCUCCUUCCAUCCUAAAUCUUCUCAGCCGGAGAAAAGAUACUAUACAAGGAGGUGGAUGAAAUCAAAGCAAAGAGAGAAUAAGAAAAGGCUGAUGAGAUUGAAAGAGAAAGAACUAGGAUCAAGUUAAAGGAAAAAACCUUUGAUCCUAAUAAAUUCCCAACGAAUGAAUUGAAAGAGUAAUUAAGGUAGCGACUUCAUGACAAUCCUAUGAGUUUAGUUAAUGAAUGGGAAAAAGGGAAGCUCAAGAAGAUCUUUAAAUCAUAUGAUAAAGGUAAUAAACUUAAAUUUAAACUAGAAAAGAAGGGAUCAAUCACAUAGGAUAAAUUGUAGGGAUUAUAUGGAGAUCUAAUGAAUGACAUAGCUAAUAUAGGCAAGGUGCCUGCUGUGUCAUUUGAAAAGUUUAAAGAAACUAUGUCAGAGGAUCCAUUGCCUUGGGACUCUUUUUGUUUUCAAUUAAAUCAUAUAGAUUUCUAAAGAGCUCCUGAAGAUUUGCUACAAAAGAAGAUUGAUGAGAAAUAUAAAGAAUUCAACCGUAGAUUAAAUGCAGGAAAGAAGGCUGAAGCAAAAGAAUUCAUGAUAGAGGCAGUGAGACUGGAAGCAGCAAGAGAUAAGGAUGAGCACAAGUAAAUUAAGAUAAUUUUAAUAAAGGUUACCAGAAAUUGUACCUGAGGACAAUACUAAAAUAAGGAGUGAUUGUUUUGAUUUUUCAAGAUAUAAGUAUAAGUAGAAUUUCACUGAUACUGCAAAAUAUCUUUUACAGUGA